UGUGGCAACCGAAAGUGUUUUGUAUAUCAUAGUUUUAUUUUUUUAUUUUUUCUCUUUUUUUUUUUUUUUUGGUGCUUUAUCAAUCUAUUUUUGGGGGGCUAAUCUGUCGAAAACCCCCAGCGAUCUGUGUGCAUUCUGUCGCGGCCUGGGAGACCAUCACUCCAGUGGGUGAAGUGGCCGGAAUGGAUAGCGAAUCUUAUCAACGGGAUUGUGGUUCUCACGCUGGCUCUAGCUUUAACCCAGUGGUAUCAGUUACCAGCGGGUGAAACGUAAACAAACGACGCCCACGAAACCGACAAAAAAAAAACCGAGUGUAGAGAACCCGAAGUCCUGGCCAGCCAGCCGGCAGACGUUUGCCCACUGGCCUCGCGUUCGCUUCGUUAAACCAGCAGCAGCGGAGUCAUGGCCUCCUCAUCAUCAUCAUCAUCAUCAUCGUCAUGGGAUUACCCGCCGAUGCUGGAGGGAUUACGUGGGGAAAAUGACUCGGAAUCAACGCUGGUCAUGAUGCCGUCACAGACAACUCCUGCAUAUAGCUUCACGCCCGGUCACAUCCUCUGGCUGGUGAUCAAUGCUCUGCUGUUUGCCUUGAUCCUCGGUGGAAAUAUCCUAACCAUAGUGGCGGUUAGAACCUGCCGACAUCUGCGCUCGGUCAUCUCCAACCUGUUUAUUCUCUCCCUGGCUGUUUCCGACUUUUGUGUGGGUCUGGCUUUGCCCUAUCACCUGGUCUUCUACAUGGGCUCUGGCGGCGAUGGUAUUGGCGCCAUGCGAGCUCCUUGUUUACUGAGAUUUUUCUUACUAAUCUGCGCCUGCUGUGUGUCCAUGCUGACGCUCAUCUCCAUAGCUGUGGAUCGUUAUAUAGCAGUGGUUUAUGCUUUGCAUUACAGGAGAUACAUGACCAGGCGAGUGGCCUACAGCAUCAUCAUUUGCAACUGGUCACUGGGCGCCUUGGUGGCUCUACUUCCGGUAUUUUGGAAUCGCUGGCCCGAUGCCCAGGCCUGUGAAUUUGAUGAGGUCCUGGCACCUGGUUAUAUAGCUGGGGUAAUUACCCCUGGAUUUGUCAUCAUUUGGAUUUGCAUGCUUCUCGUUUACUGGCGAAUCAUGAGGGAGGCCACCCGGCAGGCCCAGAGACUCCGUCAGUCGGUGGUUUACAAUACGGAUGAGGCCACCACCAUGCGGAGUCUGAUACUCCAUCCGGACUGGAAGAGUGUCCAGAUAGUGGUCUUUAUCAUGGGCUGCUUUACCAUUUGCUGGCUGCCCUACUUUUGUGUGGCCAUUGCCCAGUUGUUUAGCAUGUGCCGGAGCAGUUCGAUGAUCUACAAGGUUACCUUCUCCCUGGCCAUGGCCAAUUCAGCCCUGAAUCCCAUUAUUUACUCGUGGAAGAACUCGGGUUUCCGGCGAGCCUUUGCCCAGACGCUGUGCUGUCGGACGGCCAGGCAGUGCGAGGAUCAGCUGCCUGGUGAGAGUAAGCAGCGCAUGGAGGGCACUAACUCCUCCAUGGGGUAUCAGCAGCAGCAGCAGGAGGUCAAGAGGGAGGUCAAAGAGGAGAUCAACAAGAAGGAGAUCAAAGAGGAGGUGAAUCAGGAGGUGAAGCAGGAGAUGAAGCAGGAGAUGAUGAAGUUGGAAUUAAAAAUGGAGAUCAAGGAGAUCACAAAAUGAAAGAGAAACCUCUGUUCCAUCGAAAAAAAAAACCAAAAAACCUGUUUUUUAAGGGGGGGUUUAGGUUAAAUCGUUAAAAACAAACAUUUUUA